AUGCAAAGUAUUCUAAGGGAUUAUUUGAGUUAGGGCUACGGAACUAAGGAUCAUGUGAUAACUCUUUCGAAUAAAUAUAAAACUCUGCUGCAAAACUAUUUCCAAAUCCCCUAGCACUAUAAAAACAUCUAAAGCACCUUUGUAUGCCAGAAGAAGCUUUUAUGGGAUUCGGAUAUCAAGGAUAAUGUGAAGGAAUGCUAUGUGGUCACAAACCAAAUUGCUGAUCAAACCAAUUCCGGUUUAGCCAUAUGGUCAACUAAACAGAUUCGUUGCUAUCUGUGCUAGUUUGAAGGAGGGGAUUUAGAGACAUUGUGCUUGCAUUACUGCAUGUAGCACAUCAAAUACAAGAUUGGCUAUAUCAUCAAGCAAAUCAAUGCUUUGAAUCAGAUUGUGCCAGAAUUAGUUAUAUUUGUUGAAGAAGAGGCAGAUCAAGAUUAGCAACUCAACAAAGUUAAACUGAUUAAUUAAAUCUGGCAAGAGGGCUACAAUGAAUCAAUGCUAAGAAAAAUCUUGCAUUGCCUAUACCAAAUAGAUGUAGAAUCGCCCAUGGUUGAAAAGAUAUAUUAAGCCAUCAAUAAGAUUGGAUAGAUGUAGAGCAAAAAGCAAAUCGGAGAUUUGGAGAAACUGCAGAAUCUAUAGCUGAAAUAUAUUCAAGGUAAAAAUAUGAAUGUAAUAUUUCAUGAUGCUGAAACUGGUCUUCCAAUCGAGGUAAAAUUUCUUUAUUAGAUAAUGAACAUAGAAAGAGCCUUAAUUGGAGUAAUUGAAUGA